AUGGAACCAAAAGGGAGCUUUGCCACUUCCGAGUCGGCUUCUGUUGACACUACUUUAUUCGAUUGGGACCCGCCGGUCGGGCAGCGCGCAGACGCUCAUCAGGCCCCUUCUCUCCACCCAAGACGGCGGUCACGAUCAAGUCUACGAUCCGAAUCCAACCCACGAGACCCUUCACCAUGCGCGACUCGAGAGAUUGCAGGGGAAGAUUGUGCGCUUCAGAGAUUCAUAGUAUGGGCUGCUAUCAAGCGAAACAAAUCAGUCACAGCACCACAGGAUCGUCUCAAAUGCCCUCUCAUUCUAUGUGGAAAACAGUUCGACGACCAUGAGGCAAUGCUAAGGCACCUAACCAAGUGCAAACAUCUCAAGACUGGUGAAUACGUAUGCCACGACUGUACAAAAAUCGAGCGAUUCAAUGACAGGAAAUGUCGGUCAUGUCUAGGUCAUCCACCUAAACGAAGGCGCAUCAUCAACAUGGCCAAGAAAUUCUUCUCAAAUAUCGGUAACAAAUCUCGAAAGGAAGUAGUAUCCCAGCCUACUCAUCAGAAUGACCGUGUUAUUCCCCCACCUAGUUAUGAUUCUCUCAUCAUCGACCUCGAAGAACAAAGUGGACAACAGCAGCAGCAACCACAGCAUGAGCACCCACAUGAACAAGGACACGAGCCUCGAGAACAACAGCAAUCACUGUCUCAGAACCAGCCUCAACCCCUGAUAGAGUUGAAUGGUAGGGAGAUACACGAACUAGACUCGAUACAAAAGCUACCAACAGCCGAACUCGAUUCCACCAACAAUAACGGUCAGACCGUAGAAGUUCCGAUACUUCUAAAUCAGCAAAAUCAUCCGACACGACUUUCAUCUUGCCCACGAAUGGACGAUAUACUCAUUAUUCACGAGGAUUCUCAAACUGUACAUCUUGACCAGGACAUUUCUAUGUCUCCGCCUAAUCAUAUAUCAUCAAAUUCCGGGAGUAGACGGCCAUCAUUAGCCCUAGAUACUCAUAUAGAUCGAUACAGGAAUGUCCCACGUACGAAACACCUCUCCCCAAGCUCAUCGCUUCGAUCGACGGGCAGCUCUCAAUUAUCGCCGGCCACCCUGUGGAGUGCAAGUUCAGGUGGCUCUGCGGUUUGGACCGUCGGUUCUGCCGUUGAUACAGCGAUGACAUCUCCAGCAACCCCCCUCAGCCCAGUUGAUCUUUGGGCGGUGUCUCACCCAGAGGAAAUAUCAGCUAUGUCAAAGACCGGGAGCGCAUGUCCGGACGACAACUGUAACUAUAUGGCCGAUAUUCUGUGUGAACUCCCAGGCGAUGACUCACAGUUCAUACCACGUGGCCUAUCUGAUCCAUUGCUCUUCUCUUUUAGUCCUAAGGAUAACUACUCAUGGAUGCAAUCAGAGGGCACGGAGUUAUCACUAUCAACUUCGGUCAACAUGAUGUUUACAGACACUAACCCUAAGCCUGCAAACAUGUCGUCCGGGUUCAUCGAGUCGUCAGAUCACGGCCCCGAUACUAGAACGCUAGUAGAAUCGGUCUGGGGUGCGUUACAGGAGCACGUCCUAAGUUCAUUCACAAAAUUGUCUCAUAUCCAAGGAAACUCAUUAGUCGAUCGACUCCGAACGCAAUCACCCAAAGCUGUAGCAAUGAGUGGUCUAUCGAGCUUGAAGAGUAUUCUAGAAGGCAACAACCCCACUGACCCGCUCAGCUACAUAUGUUACAUUCAUGUAAUCUACGCCUUUUCCAUUCUUGUUUACGAAGGCGACCUUGACUAUCAUUGCCAGUUCAUGUACCAACAAGCUCUCGCCUACCGACGCUUUAUCAACCCCGCCUAUGCCGAAUCUUAUACGCAAAUCGUGACAAAUAUCUGGCAGCCCACUUCAAAUAACCAUUUCCGGACCCAUAUAGGAGGAAGUGCUGUGGGUGGGUCGUUGAAUCUGAAGGACCUCGAAAAUUCCGUUAUAGCCAGUAGCUCAGACAAGCCGAACGAAGUUGUCAGCUCUGGCCUUGCGUCCAUCCAUUUCAUGGAGUUUCAGCCAGUACCAAUGCAUGACAGCGCCUUUGCAAUCACAGCUGAAUUUAUUAUUCGGGAUAUAAUUUCGAGAUUCCCCCAUUCCGAAGCCUUAAGAUCAAAAUUGGAGGAAAUCAAGCAACAUGUUCGCGUUGGGGGUUUCACUACGGUUCGCAAACUUGAACUUGCGGUCCUACAAGCUGGAAAGAACUCUUUAGAAUCCUCUGAUCUUUUCAACGAAUUUAUCCCCCAAGUUAGGAGGCUUUGCGACCAAAUCUACCCAGAGACGGGGUAUAGCCGCAGGGCAACAUAUCAAACUCUAGGGGUAUCAUUGGUAGAGGCACUACUCCAGACUCUUGCUGCCGAACCACAACAUGCCCAGGAGGAAUCAACAAUCUUCACGAUGGAAUAUCCCGGCAACUACAAUUUAUUCGGUCAACCGGAAGAUGGGACCUUUGACGACCCCAACGGCAUCGUGAACGAUCUAUUCCACGGACUAGUAGACACCUCUCAGCAGAACCAGCCAGCCAUCACCCCAUCCCCAAGUUUCAACUCGUCGGUUGAUCCCAUAACUCUUGGCGACAUCGGCACCUCUGAUGCCCGGCGAUCGACUACGGCAUCCUACACCGAGACCUCGAACGAGUCUUUCGUACACUCACCCGACGUCCCCGGGCCAACCUCGCACCCGACUCCGCCCAUCCCGUCCACCCCCGUCCACCCCGAGCCCAGCCCGCGACCCGGCUCGUCCUCCACGGCACAGAAAGUAGAAGCCCACGACGCCUGCGAGAUCUGCGGGUACCGGCCCAAGGGGCACCCGCAGUGGUUCAAGGGCAGCAUGGCGAAGCACAAGAAGAUGCAGCACUCAAAGGGGCCGCCGGUCAUCUAUAAGUGCCCGUUCCCCGGCUGCAACAGCCAAUACAAGAACCGGCAGGACAACCUGCGCCAGCACCAGAUCGAGAAGAACCAUUUUGUGGGGGACGAGACCGGCAGGAGGCCGAGUAAGAGGAAAAAGGUAUCGACGGGAUAG